AUGAGUUCAGACUGGAGCCCCGGCGAAGUCCAUGAGACUUUCACUGAAUGGGCCCUUGCCCAAGGCGUCAUCGCCAAUAAAGUCAGACCAGCGCGAUUCCCAGGUCGAGGUCUGGGCAUGAUAGCCACCGAGAAAAUCGAGGCGGGCGAAUUCGUCGUCAAAAUCCCAACAACAUUAAUUCUGACCAGGGAGAAAAUCCCAUCAUCUUUUCGCUCUCAAUUCCGUGAAGACACCAGAGUACAAGCCAUCAUGGCCGCAUACCUAACCUGCGCCAGCGCCGAGGAACUAGCACCCUACGACCUCUGGCGCAAGACAUGGCCGACUCGCCAGUGUUUCGAGGACAGCCUACCAAUGCUGUGGCCUCGCUCACUAGGUGGCCUCACCUGGCCAGAUACCGACCCGAACGACUCUCCAUCAAAAAUGAACUAUCUCCCGCCUUGUAUCUCGGGGACUUGGAACCAGGUGAAGCAAGGGCGUGCAUUGAAGCAGUAUGAAAGUGACCACCAGAAUUUGGUCAAGCAGCAGGAAAAGCGAAUCAGGACCGCGUGGGAGGAUGUUAAAGCUGCUAUCCCGGACAUCGAUUGGAAGGGGUUCUCAUACCAUUGGCUCAUCUUGAAUACUCGGAGUUUCUAUUGGGUUGCGCCGGACCAGGAGGCUCCUGAGGAUAGGAAUGAUGCGAUGGCAUUGCUGCCGUUUGCUGAUUAUUUCAAUCAUUCGGAUAUUGAGUGUGAUGUCAAGUUUGACGAAAGUCAGUAUACCCUCAGUGCCACCGAGAAUUACGAAUCGGGAGAUGAGGUAUACAUGAAUUAUGGCAGCCACCCGAACGACUUCCUGCUAACCGAAUAUGGUUUCUUCCUGGACAAACACGACUCAGAUUGUAUCUACCUCGACGAUAUUAUCUUCCGCGAUCUCGCCAGCCCAGAAAAGCAAGAAGAGCUUUGGCUAAACCAAUACUACGGUGAUUACUCGGUAACCUCGGAUGGGGUAUGUUACAGAACCGAGGUGGCUGCCUGCCUAGUGUACAUGGAAGAGGAGCAGUGGAGGAACCACGUUCUGGAGGGUUCAGAGGAGGGCUUCGACGAGAAGAAGACCAACAUAAUCAUCCAGGGUUGGCUGAAGGCCUACCUCUCGGAGGCAGAGGUCACAGUGAGUGCACUGCACACAGCCAUGAAGUCGGGUGCUGUGCCCGAAGCGCACCACGGAAAGGCAGAAGCCUUGAUUCGACGAUGGGCGCAGAUUCACCGUGUCCUCGAGGGUGCAUUGAGCGCGACCUCUUUGUCAGAUUAA